AUGGGCACCGUCUCGGCAGCGGUGGAUGGCAUAGUUGCACUCUUCUCGCUGAUCAUGGCGGUCGCGGCGCCGCUGUUCGACUCGCAGAUCGUCCUCCCUCGCCGCCUCUACCCGGCGCCGCUCGUGGGCAUCCACCAGUGGUUCAUCGCCGAGUUCGACCACUACCUCGUCGCCGACCCGCCGCCUUUCUUCAUCGGCCUCGUCUGGCUCGACCUGGCCUUCCUCUGGCCCGUCUGCGUUGCCAAUCUCUACGGCAUCAUCGCGCGCCGCCGCUGGUCGGCCACCACCUCCCUCAUGGCAGGUGUCUAUAUGAUCACCUAUUUGUCUGCGAUACUUGGGGAAAUGCUUAUCUCAGGAAAAGCAACGCCGAGGCUGCUUCAGCUGUAUGUUCCAUUCGCUGUGUUUGCUGUAACGGCAGUUUUGCGUGGCCUCUGUUCAUGCUCAGCGCCAUUAACUGCUGCUAUGUCACUGGCACCCUCAGCUCAGAAGAAGAUGCUCUAGAUUCAGUUCUGCAUUUGUCAUACUUCAGGAAGAAAGUAUUCUAGUACCACUACACGUAAGAUGAUUCAUACUGAUAAUUAGUUGAACACUACUACUAUGCAGUAUAUCAUUUCAGGGUUCACCAUGUAACACCCAGGUGGAGUAUGAUGUCUACUAGCAACGGAGGGCCGCGGCGGCACGCCGCUCCAACUUUG